CGGUUUGUGCAAGACGACUCCACUCCUCUGUAAAACUCAAAACCCUUUCAUUUGGUUUUUUGUGUUAUCGAUCGCUUCAUCUUCGUAGUCGCCUUCGAAUUCGCAGGUUGUGAAUUGCAGAGUGAAGAGCAAUGAAGGUGAGAUCAUCUGUGAAGAAGAUGUGUGAGUUUUGUAAAACAGUGAAACGCCGUGGACGUGUCUAUAUUAUCUGUUCUUCCAAUCCUAAGCACAAGCAAAGACAGGGAUUCAGCUCCUUUGCUUUUGAAGGAAUUACACCUUCCCCAUUGUUUUCUGAGACGAUUGCUAAUCAGGAGGUGGUGAGGCUUCCUGGUCAGGGCGUAUCAGCCGGUCUGGCAGCACUUUUGCACAAAAGGCCUAUGCCAGCUGCGGUUUUUGGAUGGAGGGCAGGUCUUUCAUCCAUUCUCUUCAAACAAGGGAAUUAGAAUGUUAACCAGCAUUUUCUUCUUCUGUUGUAAUCCCAGUUUCUUCCAAUUUCUGGUAUGGUGAAACAUUAUUGUAUUGUAUAUCUCAAUACUGUUAGUUUGGUCAGUCAUAGGCUCGUUCUAGACCCACUUGAUUGUACCUGAACAAAGAGAUAUAUUAUGACACACUGCACUAUUUGAUUUUAGGGCGUUCUAUGGAGCGUAUAUUGCUCCAACUUUUAUUGAACGAGGGGGAUUUAAAUAAGAGUUUUUUUCGACUGGACAA